CCAACUGAGGAAGAACAAGCGAGUCUAGAAUGGCUUCGUACACUAGAAGAACCUUGGGAAACUGCGAAAAAACAUUGGAAAACAACUUACAAGUGCAGACAUCCAAACGGUGACAACAGUGAAAAUAAUAAGCUCGUUCAUAACAUAUUUGAGGCUUGGCCCAUUUUGAAAUGUUCUAAAGGCUAUGAGCUUAUAGACAUGGAUUUUGAUUUAAGCUUAAUGUGUACAAUUGAAAAAGCGAUAGACAACUUAAGUGAUUUUUUUUCAAAAAUUUAUGCUGUAAGAUCUACACCUAAUGAUCCAUUAUGCAUUGUUCUUAAGGAAUUAUUAGAAGCACAAAACAUUAACGCAGAUUCCAAAGUUUAUGUACAGAUGCUGUUACUAUCUUUCAUGCUUCCGUCAACUGCAAGAAUCUCACAAGGUCGAAGAAAACAAUGGAAACCAUCAUGUCUCGAAAGUUUUGAGGGAAUUAUUACUCAUGUUAAGAUUUAUGGAGAUAUCGAAAAGAGGCAAGAAGAGAAGAAAUUGUUUGCAAAAAGCAAACGAAUUACACUACAGCCGUAUAUAAUAGUUGUUGGAGAAGAAGAUUGUAGAGUUGAGUCAUCAUAUCUAGUAAUUGAUGAUAACGAGUAUGAGAUGCCAUCGUUACAAGCAGCUAUUGAUUACUGUUUCAAAUCAUUCCACGUGUUCAGUGCUAAGUAUCCACCGCAGAGUGAACAUCUUUGGUUGUUGCUGCAGAACGGCGUUUACAAAUUCCAUACACGCUGGGAUCCCUUAAUAUUAAGCGUAGAAGAGAUGCUUAACGAUAUACAAUUUUCUUUACCACCAUUCAACUUAAACAAAGAUUCAGAUCAAGCUUAA